AUGAACAGAAAAUUUGCUGUACACGAGUAUGAGAACAAUGAUCCCAGUAUAAGCACAUAUAUGACUCUAGAUCUCAAGUCCAGUUCUUCUGAUGUGUACAACACACUCACAUCUGUCCAUCCCAGAGCUGCUGUUCAUCAGUUGGGCUCUUCUGAAUAUCAGAAUCAGACAAGAAAAGUUGUUCUACUUGAAUCACGUGACUGUACCAGACUGCUGCAGAUUAAUUUAGGCAUCGAAAGUGUUGCCAUAGAAAUGCACAGUUCCCGGUCCAAGGACAUGAACAGAUCGAACAAGUUGAACAUGGAUGCAGCUGACAAGACAGACUCCAUUGUAUUGCUGAAAAUUGUCGGAAUGGCUGCUACUAUUUUGAUCUUCCUGCUCAUGAUUCAUGGGGUUUCUAGUGCUGGUUGGGGUGUGAAUUACAGACAUUCACACAUCUGUGCACUAAAGAACUCAUCAGUGACAUUCUACUGCACUUAUACAUACCCUACUGGAGAUGAGAUCAAGAAAGUGUUCUGGACCAAAACACUUUUUAAAGAUGGAAAUAAAGAAUCAAGUGAAGAAGAAGUGGAACAUACAGAUCUGUCUGAGGACCCUGAAUACAGUCAGAGGCUUCAGUAUUUGGGAGAUAAACAGAAGAACUGCACCAUCAGACUGAGUCAUGUGACACAGAAGGAUUCACACAUGUACUAUUUCAGAUUCAUCACUGAUGAUGAUGAAAGCCAGGGACAGACAAGUGAUCCAGGAGUCUCUCUUACUGUCACAGAUCUUCAGGUGGAGUCUCCUGAGACAGUGACAGAGGGAGAUUCAGUCAGUCUGACAUGUAACAGCAGCUGCGCUCUGACUGACAGAGCAACAUUCAUCUGGUACAGAAACUCACAGCCAUUAACUGAGAGAAGAGACAGAAACAAUAAACUCCUGCUGCAGUCAGUCAGAAGAGAGGAUGCAGGCAGAUACAGCUGUGCUCUACAGGAACACACUUACAUCUCUCCUGCUGUUCAGCUCAAUGUCAUGUAUCCACCAAAGAUUGUAUCAGUGUCCAUCAGUUCAUCUGGUGAAAUAGUGGAGGGAGAUUCAGUGACUCUGAUCUGCAGCAGUGAUUCAAACCCUCCUGCAGAAAUCAGAUGGUUUAAGGGAAGAAAGAUUGUAGGAUCUGGAAGAAUCUACAGCAUCUCAAAAAUCAGCUCUGAUCACAGUGGAGAAUACAAGUGCAAGUCCAGAAAUAAACAUGGAGAGAAAUACUCUGAAGCUGUGACUUUAAAUGUUAUGUACCCUCCAAAAACAAUCUCAGUGUUCAUAAAUGGAUCUGCUGAAAUAGUGGAGGGAGAUUCAGUGACUCUGAUCUGCAGCAGUGACUCAAACCCUCCUGCUCUGAACUUCAGCUGGUUUAAGGAGAAUCAAAGCUCCUCUGUUGGAUCUGGACAGAGUUUCAGUGCACUACAGAGUGGACGCUUCUACUGUGAAGCUCACAAUCAACACGGAUCUCAGAGAUCAGAUGCUGUUACUGUCACUGUUAAAGACCCACCAAAGAAUGUCACAGUGUUCAUAAAUGGAUCUGGUGAAAUAGUGGAAGGAGAUUCAGUGACUCUGAUCUGCAACAGUGACUCAAACCCUCCUGCUCUGAACUUCAGCUGGUUUAAAGGAGAAAUGUUUGUAGGAUCUGGAAGAAUCUACAGCAUCUCAAACAUCAGUUCUGAUGAUAGUAAAAAAUACAAGUGCAAGUCCAUCAAUGAACAUGGAGAGAAACACUCUGAUGCUGUGAAUUUAAAUGUCAUGUACCCUCCCAGAAGUGUCACAGUGUCCAUCAUUCAGUCUGGUCAGUUUUUGGAAGGAGAUUCGGUGACUCUGAUCUGCAGCAGUGACUCAAACCCUCCUGCUCUGAACUUCAGCUGGUUUAAGGAGAAUCAAAGCUCCUCUGUUGGAUCUGGACAGAGUUUCAGUGCACUACAGAGUGGACGCUUCUACUGUGAAGCUCACAAUCAACACGGAUCUCAGAGAUCAGAUGCUGUUACUGUCACUGUUAAAGGACAUCUGAUGACAUUACACAUAUCUAUGGUUUGUGUAGCUUGUGGAGCUGCAGUUUUCAUCAUCAUGAUGCUGAUUUUGUACGAUAUGUUUGUAUGGUAA